AAGCCCGCAGUACAGUGUAUUGAGACCUAAAGAUUGUCUUCGGUCUAUUAUGAGGAGGGUGAACCAUAAAGAUCCUCAUGUGGCUAUGCAGGCUCUGACUCUUCUAGGAGCGUGUGUAUCAAAUUGUGGCAAAAUUUUUCACUUAGAAGUAUGUUCAAGAGAUUUUGCUAGUGAAGUAAGCAACGUAUUAAACAAGGGUCAUCCUAAAGUGUGUGAAAAAUUAAAGGCUCUUAUGGUUGAAUGGACGGAUGAAUUUAAGAAUGAUCCACAGCUUAGUCUAAUAUCAGCAAUGAUUAAGAACCUUAAGGAACAAGGUGUUACGUUUCCAGCUAUUGGCUCUCAGGCUGCAGAACAAGCAAAAGCAAGCCCAGCUCUGGUAGCCAAGGAUCCUGGUACUGUGGCUAACAAAAAAGAAGAAGAAGAUUUAGCGAAAGCCAUUGAGUUGUCACUGAAGGAACAAAGGCAGCAGUCAACCACCCUUUCCAGUUUGUAUCCAAGCACAUCUAAUCUCUUAACUAACCACCAACACGAAGGCCGAAAAGUUCGUGCUAUAUACGACUUUGAAGCUGCUGAAGAUAACGAACUUACUUUUAAAGCUGGAGAAAUUAUUACAGUUCUUGAUGACAGUGACCCCAACUGGUGGAAGGGUGAAACCCAUCAAGGCAUGGGGUUAUUCCCCUCUAAUUUUGUGACUGCGGAUCUCACUGCUGAACCAGAAAUGAUUAAAACGGAGAAGAAGACGGUACAAUUUAGUGAUGAUGUUCAGGUAGAAACGAUAGAACCAGAGCCGGAACAAGCCUACAUUGAUGAAGAUAAAAUGGACCAAGUGCUACAGAUGUUGCAAAGUACGGAUCCCAGUGAUGAUCAACCAGAUCUUCCAGAGUUACUUCAUCUUGAAGCCAUGUGUCACCAGAUGGGACCUCUCAUUGAUGAGAAGCUGGAAGAUAUUGACAGAAAACAUUCAGAACUCUCAGAACUCAAUGUUAAAGUGAUGGAGGCCCUGUCCUUGUAUACCAAGUUAAUGAAUGAAGAUCCAAUGUAUUCCAUGUAUGCAAAAUUACAGAAUCAGCAGUAUUAUAUUCAGUCAUCUAGUGUUUCUGGUUCUCAGGUGUACCCAGGCCCUCCUCAAAGUGGUGCUUACCUGGUCGCAGGGAGCGCACAGCUGAGCCAGCCCCAGAGCUACAGCCUUCCCCCAGAGCAGCUGUCUUCUCUCAGCCAAGGAGCCGUGCUGCCUGCCAGCCCAGCCCUUCCUAGUCAGCAGGCUCAGGCUUCCUACCCCAACACGAUGGGCACUUCCGUUCAGGGAGGCCCGUAUCCCAGCCAGGCUUCGGUGUACAGUCCUCCUCCUGCCGCCGCUGCCGGCCCCGACGUCACCGUAUACCAGAACGCAGGGGGCAGCCUGUCCCAGGUGCCGAGCUAUACUUUAACAUCAGCGCUGCCCCAGCCGCCUCCGCCCCAGCAGCCGUACUCUCCGAAGGCCCUGCUGUAGGGCUGGGAUUCCUCUUGGAGGCAAAUACCUGCUAAACGCCGAUGACAAUGUUAUGAGAUUCUUUGAUAUCUUAAGAUUUGUUUAUCCUCAGCUUAUAGGAAUCGUAUCUUGGUCAGCAAGUUCCAAUAUUCAAGAAGGGAGACCUCUCUUCAAUUUGCACUGACUUUUUAGAGGUCCUCCCCUCCCCCUCCCCCAGAGGAAUGAAACUACUUACAACGUCUAAUUCCUUUCGUAAUAUGAAAGAAUCAGUGCAAGAUUAUUUGUCUCGUAAAAUUACCUGGUCUGCAGAAAGUCAAACUGGCAAACACCGUUGUGGCAGAUGUGUGCAUAGAUCGCUGUGUAACUUCACUCGUGGCCACUUUGAACCACGGUGGUGAUCAUGUGAAUAUAUUUAACACUGUUAACUUAAUUGACAUUGCUGUUUUAUUUUAAUCAUGAGCAACUACCAUGUUUCAUAAUGUUUUGUGUAAAUUUAAGAGAAUUACAGUGUCCUUUUGAACUGCAAGAGAACAACGCUGUGGCAUAUGUACAUGACGACAUUAUGUUGUCCGUGUUUCAGUUUCCCAUUAAACUGAACCUUCCUUGGAGUAAUUGUGCGCUGAACACACGUAUGUUAUGUCGUUGUGUGGCCUCUGCAUACUGCUAGCUGUCAUCACACCAGCGCACAGUAGCUAAAUUUUUGGUGCAUUUAUAGGAAAUGAUGAUGUUCCCUUUUAAACUUUUACAUUUUGGCAUGAUACUUCAGAAUACUGUGGGACCAUGAGACAAAAUUAAGUUGGACCACAUUCUUUAUAUCUUACUUUUAAAGAAAUAAUGUUAAUUUACUUUUUCCUAGUUGAAGAUAGUAAUUAGGUUUCUAAGCUGUAUACUGUGUUUCUUGGUGGCAGUGACACCAAAGAUAGAGGCAAUGGAUAGAAGCUUUGAAACUGGAAAGAAAACAUGAAUUACACUACGUUUGCAAAGUCUCUUGUAAUUAUUUAGGCUAUAACGAAAUUUGAUUCAUCUGUCUUAUUCCACUGCUAGUCUUUUAAAUAUGUCUUUAACACAGUGUAUCCUUCAUUUCUUCAUUAAAAUGGAUGUAAGUGGAUGUUUCAAAGUCAUCUAGAUUCCUGGCUUUGCUUAACAGUUUGUUUAUUUAUUCUUGUCUUUCAAACGGGAUUUAUGGGCUGCUCUCUCUCUUUUAAAGUUCUAAGUGGAAUUAUUUUGGCUUCUUAUUCAGGAGUAGUUUGAAUGGAUGCUUUUCUUUUAAUCCAUAUGUAAUACGUUUUCUACUGACAUUUUAAUCUCCUUAAAUAUUUAUAAUUUCCCUAGUUUUGUGCUGUUACGUAAACAACUGAAAAAUUGAGUUGAGCAUCGUAGUAAAUGAAUCGAUUUAGUGACAGGUGUCACACCAUAAAUAAAGAUUUAAUUUCUAUUUUCUGAGACUGUUAUGAUCAGGUACUUGCUUUCCUUUUGACAAAUGAUUCCAUCUUUGGCAAAAGGUAGGUUCAAAUUUAAAUCCUCAUCUUCAACUUAGGGUGUUUCACCCUAGUGUUGUGUUUUCCUGAGUUUAGAGUUCGUUGCCCUCAAAUAGUAAUUUUAAAAUUUGAAUUCAAACUUUACAUUAAAAUUUUUUUAAUACGUUGUUUUUUGAUGAACAUUGUACUCUUUCUCAUUCCAGUUUGAAUGCUCUAGUUUAAGUGAUACACUUCGUCUCAAGUCAUACUGUAUUUUUCUCUUUGUCUUUUGAUGAAUUCCUGUUUACCAAUGGCAAAUGUAUCAUUUUUCCCGUUUUAUUUUGAUAUGCUUCAUGAUGUAAAAUCAAUGAUAUAUUCUCUAGUAUGUGUUUUGCCCUGUAAAAGUCAAAGUAUGGUGAAAUGGAAAAGGACUACCCUUAUUACAAUGCAUAUGCAAGUUUCUUUACCUUUAUAAAGAUUUAAAUGAUGAAUACUUAAAACUGAUACUAUAUUAGUUUGCAGUUUUCACUUAGUAGGUAUAAAAAUAGCAGACCGAAAAAAAUCCACUGAAAAGGAACCACUGUAUUUUCCAUCUUUCAGAUGCCAUGGCAAGGACGGAAAUAGGAGAGGACCAGUUAGGAGCGCAGUGAUUUUGUUCUGCAACCAGUGUAUGUGGGGCACCUCUGUAAAGUCUUUCUUUGAAAGAUAGCUGUCCCCUUUUAAAGGGAAUAGGAUUAUUGAUAAAAAGAACUAACUAUAAUAUGAAUUUCUGUGAAGCAAAUUUUACUUCUCAGUUUAUUUCCUUUAUAAAGUUUGUGUAUCCAUAAGCCAGUGACAUUUGAAUGGAAAAAUUCAGCCCAGUUAUACACGAUCUAGCUUGAGUAGCCAACAACCCCACAGUCAGUUGGAUGGAAAACAUAUCAGUGCCCUAAACCUACCUAGUAGGAAUAAUAUGUAGUAUGUCCUUACCAUGAUUUUACAGUCUUUUCUAACUCCCUGGUCCUGCUUCACCAUUACCUGUCUCUCCUACUCAGUGAUGAACCUUUUCCUGUGCCUAGAGAUUCCCUUCUUUAUAUUAAAAACUUCUGGACCUUGUUUCUAUACCUCUUAAUUUUUGUAAUUAGAAUGCUUAAUAGACCCCUAACAUUCUUUUCUGAUAGAUACAAUUUUCAUAUAUGACAUGUGUAUAAUUCAGCAUGAAACUACCUUUAGUCCCAAGCUUCAAGUUUAUACAAGAUAAAUUAGUGUCCUAUAUGAUAAACCAUGCAACUGCAAAAGCUAUAUAAUUAUUUUCUAAAAUGAGGUCCAUUGGUAUAAUUGGUCAAAUUUUUAUUUAAAAUUACUGUUUUCUUUUUCUUAUCUUACAGAUUGUAUUAAGAAUUAUAUAGCAUCCUGUUAUAUCUCUUUAAAUAUUUAAUAACAAAAUUA